AUGAAGUUCACCCUGUUCCUUGCCCUCUGCUUCCCCUUCUGCCUGGUGGGCAUCGCCAGCUCAGAAAAGACCUCAGCCCAUCUCGAGCGAGAGGCUCCCCAGGAACUGCUCCAAACUCUGCCUGCCCUGUGCCGGCUCCCCCCCGUCGAGGGCCCCUGCCGAGGCCGUUUCUACCGCUAUUUCUACAACUCUACAGCCCAUGAAUGUGAGCACUUCACCUACGGUGGCUGUCGGGGCAAUGCCAACAACUUUGAGACCACAGAGAUGUGUCUGAGGGUCUGCAAACCCCCCGGUGAGUCCUCUUACAGAAACGGCAGAAGCAAAGGUGGCCGUCGGGUGGUGGUGCUCGUGGGAAGGGAGACGGUAGGAUGA